AUGUCCGAUUUCGUCGGUUUCCUAGCCAGGGAUUUUGGCGCUUUAUUAGAGAAUGCUGAUGAUUACGAUAUGUCGAUAAGUGUCGGACAAGGACAGAAUGCGAGGGUAUUCAAUGUACAUUCACUUAUACUACGUGCAAGAAGUAGCUACUUUAGGAAAACUUUGGUGCACUCGAGCUCAUUUGAGCAUAUAUCACCUUCGAUUUUUGAAGUUUUGUUACGGUACAUGUAUACUGGAUCGAUCUCCUUGGAUGAACUAGAAGCACCCGAACUACUCGAUCUGCUAAUAACUGCCGAAAAACUGGCAUUGGAUGACAUGCUUCUCGAUCACACUCAAAACCAACUCAUCAGAGAAAAGGAAGCGUGGCUAAAAUCAAACUAUGGGGUGACAAACCAAAUUGCGUCUCAAAAUCAGAAAUUCAGCAAACUGCAAGAAUUCUGCCAAAUCAUCAGAAUGGAUCCCGAGAUAUUAUUUGAAUCGGAAGAAUUCUAUUCGCUGGAAGAAGAAAUAGUACUAUCACUGUUAAAGAGAGAUGAUCUCACCUUGACUGAAGGCCAAAUAUGGUCGAGGAUAAUAGAAUGGGGAAUAGAUCAAACACAAUUGUCACCUGACUAUACGAAAUGGUCACCUGAUGAGUUUGCCAAAUUGGAGAAGAAAUUGCACAAUUGCAUUCCGCUCAUCAGAUUCUUCCAGAUAUCACCGAGAGACUUUGAUGUCAAAGUAUUUCCGUUCGAGAGCAUCUUACCGAAACACCUGUUUCGUGAAUUGAUCAGUCAUUAUCUGAGGCCGCGCUACGAACCUAGCUAUCAGGUAUUACCACCUCGAUAUGGACAAAUGAAUCCGACCAGUGUGCAUUCAGUACUGAUAAACGAAAGAACAACAGCAUGGAUUGCAUCUCAGAUCGAUAAUAACGGCGGCGGCACCAAAGAUGACGGAUCCGACACACAUUCUCUACCAUAUGAAGGAUCGCGUAAUCCGUACAGAUUCAGGUUACUAUUGCGCGGCAGCAGAGAUGGCUUUACACCAUCGGUAUUUCAUACCUUGUGUGACCAGAAAGGAGCGACCAUUACGUUGAUAAAAGUAAAUGGCACGGAUGAGCUGAUUGGCGGAUAUAAUCCGAUCGAUUGGAGGUCCCCGUCAAUUGGCGAAUGGGAUUCUACCGAGGGUAGUUUUAUAUUCUCGUUGAAUGCUGACGAGAACAAGAACGUUGUCAGUCGGGUAAAGCAUCCCACCAAGGCCAUAUUUUGCGGGCCUCGAGGGCCGACAUUUGGAGGAGACAUAUUAAUAGCCGAUUUGGGGUUGUGGGGUAAUGAUUUCAAGCAGGAGAAGAGGUGUUGUUGCAUUAAUGAUUCAUAUGCAACGCCUAUUAGAUCCACGCACGUAUGCUUUUCGGUUGAUGAAUAUGAAGUAUUUCAAGUCGUAAGAAAAGCUAAACAUAGAAGAUCUAGAACUUUUUAUCCAAAGAGUUGA